AUGGCUGUAAUAAACGAAUCACGCAGAAAAACAGGCUCUAGUUCCGUGGAUUGCGGCUCACCAUCCCGUGGCAGAUCCUCAACGGCACGGUUCGGUGGAGUGACCGUCGUGUUGGCAGGUGUGUGCCAAUCUUUCAAAAGCAAGGCGCAGGGCAGCAAGACUAACUGACCGGUUGGACUGUAACAUCACAGGGGAUCCAAAGCAAUACCUUGACUCUUCCCGUUAUUCCCACUGCAAGUCAUCGCCUACACAAAUCGUCGACGCUUGCAUCAUGAAUGGUGACUUCUGGGGGGAAGUUGAGGUGCUGCAUCUCUCUGUAAGUAGUAGUCCUUGCCUGAUUUUUAGACCCUAGACUAACAGCGGCACGGUGCGAGCGCAGACAAACAUGCGUCUUCUGGCCGCUGCAGACCGCAUGACCGAAACGGAACGGGCAAAGGCACAGGGCUUUGCAGAUUGGCUCUUAGGAGUUGGAGACGGGUCGGCGAACAAGACAGAAGACUCUAUCGCGCUCCCACGUGAGCUUCUCCUGCCGGCGACCUCGAGGAACAGAUCCGGGUUGAUCAGACACGUUUAUCCCGGCCCCGCGCUCGAACUGGACAAUAUGUCGAUAGGCGAAAAAGUUGAAUACUUCCGAGAUCGAGCAAUUCUGGCGCCCAAAAAUUCGCAGGUGGAUCACAUCAACGACAUGGUGCUCGACCUGCUGCCGGGUGAUGCUCAAACGUUCUACAGCGCGGAUUCGGUCGAAAACGAAGACGAAUCACUGCUCUCGAUCGAGUACCUUCAGAGUCUCAACAUCGCCGGGAUGGCGUUGCAGGCUGCAAAAUUUAAAGUGGAAACUUGGACCCCGCCGCGGGGCUGCGCAACGGCACAAGACUGUUGUCGACUCGGUUACACACCCGAUUGCUCGAGGCCAUCAUUCUCACAGGAGAGCAUGCUGGACAGCCAGUUUUGUUGCCACGGAUCACGCUGAAGACAGUGUCAUCAGCUGAGCUUCCUUCCGUUCACUCUGCAUCGGACCCAGUUUCCGAUUCGGCUGGCAAUGGCUAUGACGUUCAACAAGUUGCAAGGGCAGUCACUCGCGCAGGUAGGAGUGUGUCUGUAGACGCCGUCUUUUCUCACGGCCAAUUGUAUGUCGCAUUGUCCCGAGCAACGAAAGUGGACGGUGUCAGAGUUUUGCUUCAUCAGACUGAGAACGGAGAAGCGGAUAAUGCAACAGAAAACAUAGUUUUUAGAAUGGUUUUUGAGUUGAUGAAAUGA